GAAAUCCCGCCUCCGCCGGAAGAAGAUGCGGAAGCGAGACCGCCUAUCCAGAGGAAGGCAAGUGUUUGGCUCCUGCGGCUGAGAAUCCCGCGCGGGGCUGGAGACAGGUAGCAGUACGGGGGCGGGGCUUCAUGCCGGAAGUGGUAGUCCGCAGUUGUUUCGGUUGGCGGCCUAGCGGGUGGGAGAUGCGGCGGCCACCUGCUGCGAGGAACCGAAGGGAAGGUUAGAGGUACGAAGGCAGUUUGGAGCUGGGGCUGAGCAGCUGUCGCACAGUCAGAUCAUGGGCUCGACCAAGCACUGGGGUGAAUGGCUCCUUAACUUGAAGCUAGCCCCCGCCGGCGUGUUUGGUGUGGCCUUUCUAGCCAGAGUCGCCCUGGUUUUCUAUGGGGUCUUCCAGGACCGGACCCUGCACGUGAGGUAUACGGACAUUGACUACCAGGUCUUCACCGAUGCCGCGCGCUUUGUCACGGAGGGGCACUCGCCUUACCUGAGAGCCACGUACCGUUACACCCCGCUGCUGGGUUGGCUCCUCACUCCCAACAUCUACCUCAGCGAGCUCUUUGGAAAGUUUCUCUUCAUCAGCUGCGACCUCCUCACCGCUUUCCUCUUAUACCGCCUGCUGCUGCUGAAGGGGCUGGCGCGCCGCCAGGCUUGUGGCUACUGUGUCUUUUGGCUUCUUAACCCCCUGCCUAUGGCAGUAUCCAGUCGAGGUAAUGCGGACUCGAUUGUCGCCUCCCUGGUCCUGAUGGUCCUGUACUUGAUAAGGAAAAGAGUCGUCGCGUGUGCAGCUGUGUUCUAUGGUUUCGCGGUGCAUAUGAAGAUAUAUCCGGUGACUUAUAUCCUUCCCAUAACUCUCCACCUGCUUCCAGAUCGCGACAAUGACAAAAGCCUCCGUCAAUCCCGGUAUACUUUCCAGGCUCAUUUGUACGAGCUCCUGAAGAGGCUGUGUGAUCGGGCUGUGCUGCUGUUCGUAGCGGUUGCUGGACUCACGUUUUUUGCCCUGAGCUUUGGUUUUUACUAUGAGUACGGCUGGGAAUUUUUGGAGCACACCUAUUUUUAUCACCUGACUAGGCGGGAUAUCCGUCACAACUUUUCUCCAUACUUCUACAUGCUGUAUUUGACUGCAGAGAGCAAGUGGAGUUUUUCCCUGGGAAUUGCUGCAUUCCUGCCACAGUUCAUCUUGCUUUCAGCUGUGUCUUUCGCCUAUUACAGAGACCUCGUCUUUUGUUGUUUUCUUCAUACAUCCAUUUUUGUGACUUUUAACAAAGUCUGCACCUCCCAGUACUUUCUUUGGUACCUCUGCUUACUGCCUCUUGUGAUGCCACUAGUAAGAAUGACUUGGAAAAGAGCUGUAGUUCUCCUAAUGUUAUGGUUUAUAGGGCAGGCCCUAUGGCUGGCUCCUGCCUAUGUUCUUGAGUUUCAAGGAAAGAACACCUUUCUGUUUAUCUGGUUAGCUGGUUUGUUCUUCCUUCUUAUCAACUCUUCCAUCCUGAUUCAAAUUAUUUCCCAUUACAAAGAAGAACCCCUGACAGAGAGAAUCAAAUAUGACUAGUGUAUGUUCCACACCUUCUGCUACUGUGUUACCUUCUGAUUGUCUUGUAUGGACCAGAAGAGAGCUUUGGGACAUUUUUUCUGAACAUUCUAAGGAUUCUAGUGAAAGUUUCCGUGUUCCAGCAGAAUGUUUGUCUUGUAUAUAAAAGGGACACAAUAAUUGAGGUCCACCUUCUAGGAAAUCCUAGGACUCGUUUAUUUGGGACAUGGUGGGAAUAAAGUGUAGGAGGACAAGCCGCAGACAGAACUCCUCAGACACCAAGUUAAAGAAGGAAGGGGUUUAUUCGGCUGGGGGCAUGGGCAAGACCCCUGUCUCAAGAGCCGAGCUCCCAGAGUGAGCAAUUCUUGUCCCUUUUAAGGGCUCACAACUCUAAGGAGGUCCGUGUGAGAGGGUCGUGAUCGAUUGAGCAAGCAGGGGGUAUGUGACUGGGGGCUGCGUGCACCGGUAAUUAGAUAGGAACAAAACAGGAUAGGGAUUUUCACAGUGCUUUUCUAUACAAUGUCUGUAAUCUAUAGAUAACAGAACGGAUUAGGUCAGGGGUCGAUCUUUAAGUACCAGGCCCAGGGUGUGGCGCCAGGCUGUCUGCUUGUGGAUUUCAUUUCUGCCUUUUAGUUUUUACUUUUUCUUUCUUUGGAGGCAGAAAUUGGGCAUAAGACAAUAUGAGGGGUGGUCUUCUCCCUUAAAAGGUUACAUAUUGGAAAAUGAAAGGCUUAUGAAACUAUCAGAUACUAAGAUUCUUAAAAUAGAGGAAUAUAGUUAGAGACAUCAGGUUUAAGCCAGUAUUUGUUCCUGUUUUACAAUGCUUCUGUCUUAAGCUGUGUCUCAACUUUUAACCCCUAUCUUUUCUUUCUAAAGCUUUCCUGACAGCUGUGAAAAUCCAAAAAAUAUUCUUAGGCUGGGUAUGGUGGCCCUUGCCUGUAAUCCCAGCAUUUUGGGAAGCUGAGUUGGGAGGGUCGCUUGAGUCCAGGAGUUCUAGACCUACCCGGGGCAAGAUGGUGAGACCUAGUCUCCACAAAAAAUAAAAAAACUUAGCCAGGCGUGGUGAUGCACCCCUGUAGUCACAGCUGCGUGGGAGGCUGAGGUGGGAGAAUUGCUUGAGCCCACAGCAAGACCCUGUCUCAAAAAAAAAAAAAAAAGGAAAGGACAACUUUUUAGAUGUAAAAGUAUUAAAUAAUACUAAGGUGCUUAGUAUUGUUUCAAAGAGUUUUUAACUUCUAUAUUAAAUGUGGGGGCUUAGAAGAUAAUCCAAAGACUUUGGGAGGCUGAGGCGGGCAGAUCACAAGGUCAGGAGAUUGAGACCAUCCUGGCUAACACGGUGAAACCCCGUCUCUACUAAAAAUACAGAAAAUUAGCCAGGCCUGGUGGCAGGUGCCUGUAGUCGCAGCUGCUCCUCAGGAGGCUGAGGCAGGAGAAUGGUGUGAACCCGGAGGCAGAGCUUGCAGUGAGCCGAGAUGGUGCCACUGCAUUCCAGCCUGGGCGACAGAGCGAGACUCCAUCUGGCGAGGGGAGGGGGAAAGAUAAUCCAAAGAAUUUAAAUUGUAAUCAUGCUUCAUGUAUUUGUUUUAUUACUUAGUUUUUUUUAGCAGUUAGUCCCAGUGGUAUUAGACUGGCAUUUGGUUUCAUACAAAAAGGAUUAAAUUUAAAUCCAUUCAUGUUUAGACUUGAGGUAUUACAUUUUUAAAACUAUCAUCUUGCCUUUAAUGUUUGAGGUCCUUAAACACACAAACUAUUAGUACAUUUCAGUAUCCUCUUACCCCUUUGUUUUUAAGUUUUUGAUUGCUAAAGCAAGAUUUUUUUUCUUCUAGAAUUUAAGUCAAUCAAGUGUUAUCUUUGCUGUAAAAAUGGAUAAUGGUAGAUUUUAGGUGAUAAAACAACUUGUUAGUAAGACAUUUCCUAGCUUAAAAAAAAAAUCAAAAAUUCCAUGAUAGAAAUGCAGACCUGUGAGGGAAACUCCUGAAAAGCAUAUGAAGCAUCCCAAAGAGCCAUGGGUGUUCUAGACCAGGAAAUUUAGAGGGAGAUUGUGGAAAUGAGGCUUAGAUGGGCAGAUCGUUUCCCUUAUCACUGUAAUAUUUCUGGGGGGAAAAUGCUUUCUGAGUUGUUUAAACAAGCAUCCUUACUUUUUUUUUUUUUUUUUAAUUAAACAGCCUGUCUAGGCUUGGGAGUCCCUAACACUAUGGUAGCAGUAUAUGAAUGUGAUUUUGUGAUUGUGUUUUUUAAAAGAUAAGUAAUUUGAUAAACUGUUCUUUUGCAGUCAAAAACACUCACAAAUAAGACAAAAAGAGUUCCACAGUAUUAUAUUUCACGUCAGUUCAGGCUUAAAAGCCUUUGCAAAUAAGAUGUCUAUAGGCUGGUCACAAUUAGCAAUGUUAUUAUUGGCAGCACUUCUUGGAUGGAUACCUUUUGGGACCUUUCAUUAGAAAGAGGGUAAGAAUGGGGUGGUUUUGUAUGGGCUCCUGUUUGGGGUAAAAAUAGCAGAGUCAGUUGCUGAGGACAGUGACCUUCCUUAUAACAUUUAGUCUCAUACCCAUAUUGGGUCUUGUCUUGAGGACCGUUUAUAUGGGCUUGUUUACUAGUGGCCUUCCAGCCAUAGCAUUCUUACCUUUUUUUCCUAUUCUACUGUAAGAAUUAAAAAAAAAUUAUAGAGCCAGCACGGGAGGAGGCAGGAAACAGAAAUCGAAUUUCAUCAUUCUAAUAUAAUUGUCCCUUUUUUGUAUUUGUGACUUUGUUUGAUAAUUAUAUUUACUUACUAAUUAUUGUUUUUUAACAUUCUUUAUUGUGGCUUACUCUUCAUACUUAGAAUUGAAAUUGUUGGACAUCACAUGUAUAUUCACAUUAUAAAUACAUCAUUCUUCCACUGUUAGACCUGCAGAUUGCUUCCAGUUUUUAAUAUUCUAAAUAAGACUUUCAACAUUUUGUUGUUUUAACUCAUUCUCUUAGGACAUUCUUAGAAGUUAGAAACAUUUCUGCUGGGAUCUUUGGAGGGAACUUCAAACUUUAGAUACUUUCCUGCAAGAAAUACCAAAGAAAGGCAGGUGUUUCUUAAAGGGAUGCAAAGGAUAUUUUGCAGUUUGUAUGCUGCAAAAUGUUUAGUUAGUAAGUUAACUAAAAAAUUGGGUUAAUUUGGUUUCUUGGGGGAUUUUAAUUUUUUAAUUUGUUUUCUGGUUAUCUAAAGUUUUUUUUUUUUUUUUUUUUUUUUGCUUCUUAUCACAAUCCUUUUAUUUCCUUUUUAGUCCUUUAAUAACACCUUCAAAUUUUAUAAGACUUUUACUUAUUUCCUACGUAAUUCUUUUUUUUUUCUUAUACCACCCCUUAAGAUUGAUAUGUUCAUUUACAGAUAAACAUUAAUUAUUAGAUAAAGAGGUAUGGUUCUCAAGAUUGUGUGUGUUCUGAACAGAGGGAGCUACAUAACAUUUUCUUCUGUAAUUGCCUUUGUAACGUCUUUAGAAUAUGGUUCCUAAAUAUUCCUAGAUAAAUUCUCUUGAUAGGCCCAUUGGAAAGGCUAAUACUCCCACCAGACUGCUUUGUUCCUCCCUGGCAAAAGAAUUCUUAAAACCACUGAUUUUAGUUACUGACUUCUCACCAUCUGGACUCUCACAAGAUGUUUCAGAAGUUGUGUAGAACUUGUCUUUCAGUUAGUUGACUUGUGACUGAAUUUAUUGUUACUUCUCUAAUAUCAGUUGUUUUCUGCAUUACCACCCUCUCCCCUAACCAUCUGUACUAUGAAUAGAAAAGGAAAAAGAUGGAAAAUUAUACCUAGGAUUGUCCCUAAAUGCAACCUCUUGGUUCCCCCCACCCUUCAUGUUUUAUUAUAAACUAUUUUAAGGACUGGGUGUGGUGGUUCAUGCCUAUAAUCCCAAUGCUUUGGGAGGCUGAGGCAGGAGGAUCACUUGAGGACAGGAGUUUGAGACCAGCCUGGGCAACACAGUGAGACCCCCAUCUGUACAAAGAAAAAAAAAAAAAAAGUGCUACUCGGGAAGCUGAGGUGGGAGGACCACUUGAGCCCAGGAUUCGAGGAGGUUAUAGUGAGCUAUGAUUGUGCCACAGCACUCCAGCCUGGGUGACAGAGCAACACCCUGCCUCUAAAACAAAAAACUGUAGCUGUUUUUUUUUUUUUUACUUUUCUGAGGCAAAAUUUCACUUUGUCACCCAGGCUGGAGUGCAGUAGUAUAAUCAUGGCUCACUGCAGCCUUGAACUCCCAGGCUCAAGUGAUCCUUCCUCCUCAGCCUCCCAAGUAGCUGGGACCACAGGUAUGUGCCACCAUGCCUGGCUAAUCCUUUUAUUUUUUGUAGAGAUGUGGUCUUGCUGUGUUGCAAGAGGGAGAUUGCUUAAGUGAUCUUCCCUCAUUGGCUUCCCAAAGUUGGGAUUACAGGCGUGAGCCACUGCACCCAGCCUGACCUAACUAUUUUAAACAUUACUUAUAUCGCCAUCAUCUAAAUUCAACAACAAUUUGCCAUAUUUGCUUUAUAUAUAGGUAUAAAUAUAUAUAUGUAAUUUUUUGAACCAUGUGAAGUUGCAAACAUCAUUGAACUUCACCACUAAAUAUAUCAGCAUGCAUCUCCUAAAAAUAAGGUAUUUUCUUACAAAACCAUAAUACUGUUAUCUAUUAUUAUUAUAAUUUAACAUUCUGUCGUUUUCAAAUUUCUUCAGGUAUUUUUUGUUACAUCUUAAAGAACAGACAUUCUUGGAUCUCAAAGUUUCCAAGGAAGGAAAGAACAUGAUGGAUAAUCCAUAAUUAAGAAGUUUGGAUCUUUUCCUAGUCUUAAAAACAAAGUGAGAACUAAAGGGGUUUACCUUCCAUCAAAGUUAAACAAAUUAAUUCUUUUAUGUGUCAUACUUUCUGCCUGUCUCCCUAAAAACAUGGGGGUGGUAAUCUCUUUGUUUUAUCUGGUAGGUUUUUCAGAUAAAAGCUUAUACAUGUUUGGAAUGUUAAUAUCCAACCCCCAACUCCAAGCCCUGCCCCAACAACAACAGCUAAUUAUUUUACAUCUUGAUGAUGGUAAGUUUUUCAUGAUUAACCAAUUUUGGGCACCUAUUCCACCAUAUAUGUUUUUAUUUAAUUUUCACAACACUUCAAAGUUGAUAUUCAUAUUCUAAAUUUAUAGAUGAACAAAGAGGCUCAAAGAUUAAAUAGGGAUUUUUACCCAUGCUUUUUCUAUUAUAUUAUGUUUUGGAUUUUUCCAGAGUACCCAAACCCAGCAGAUGCAUACCGCUGCAAAAUAAAUGGAACUCAACACUGGCUCUGACAAAUGUCUUGCCAAUCAGUUUGUCCAAAUAUUUUAGGUGUUUGAGGGGCAGUUCUCUCAGCUGUACCAAGUCACUGUCAUUCCCAAACUUUUCAAUGAUUCCAGACCUUUAACAACUCCCUUCCACAUCCAAACCCUCUCUCACCAAAUUGUGUAAUUUCUUUGUUUACUGCUGGCUUCAUCAUGUACUUUUCCUUCAUGGCCUGUUUUUAAGAAGUUGAUUUGCUGAACCACUUUUUAGCCAAGCUAUUUGUAAAUCAAGCUGCACAAAAUAUGUGGCCAUAAUUUCUAAAAGGCACAUGAUCAUUGUUAAAUUUCUCUUGCUCUGCAGUGUGCAUUCAUGCGGUUAAAAAUUGUCCUGCACUGAUAGUAUGGCAUCAGAGAAUAGACUCAGAUCACUUAGGUUCAAAUCCCAGUACAUGAUCCUGAGCAAGAUUAUCAUAUCUAGAUACAUUAGUUUUUAUCUGUGAAAUGGGAAUGAUAGUAUAAUCUGCAUAGAGUUGUUGGUAAGGAUUAAGUGCGUUGAUAUGCUCAAAGUGUGCAUGCUGGCAUAGAACAAGCCACUGAUUACAAGUCUUUAUAAAGAAGCAGCUGUUCUGGCACUGUAAACUUGAACCUUUUUUUCCCCAAAUCGAAUGGAUAUAGGCAAGGAACUUGUAUUUAUAUAAAAUAAAUGUUUGACUACCUUUUAUCAUAAACUUUAUUCUCAUCUUGAUCUGGUCCUUUGAAAAGAUAAUAAAAACUGAUACGUGAAAAA